CGUGAUUUCACCGGCGGCUGUAAUAAUUGUAGGUAUGAUAGCCAGAAGAUACGACAGGCUGUUAGUCACGAAUCGAUAUCGAAUAUCAGCACCACCCGCCAGAUGUGGCAGCGCAGGGAACAGGAGGAAGGCAUGCAAAGGUCCGCAACUGUGGCGGUAGCGACCAGAGCCGUCCCGAGGGUGCCCGACCACCGCCUCGUCACUGCCGCUGACGACGACGACAGGGUGUUCGACGUAGGCCGCGAAUCGACCGGUAGGGCGUACUGCGAAGACACGGAAGAGAUAGCGAAGCAGUUGACGGUAAUGGACCGAGCGGUGAGGGCGUACCAGCUGUCCCCGCAAAACAUCGGUGGGAGUUUGCCGGCUCGUUACUCUCCAAAGACAGACGGCUACUAUGGCUAUUACGCAGAGGAAGAGAAUUUUAGUUCCGAAGGCAUGGCGAAGGGCGACGCCUUGUUCGAAAGGGAGAAACAGCUGCUGAUUGCCUACGUCCAACAGCAUAGCGACGUUGUGACGAAUCUCGGCAUAUCUGUUCCUUCGUACUUGAAGGAGUCUCGAAGAAACAAAUACGCAAACUUCAGAGUUGAGCUUUGUGCCUUCGACGAGAAAAGACCGUACCAAAACUACUUGCCUCAAAGCAAGAGCACUGGGGACAUCUAUCAAAUCAAAUCACGUCCAAGUGAUACAUCGCCGGCAGCGAUAACUAGAGGAACGAGGUACGUGAGGCAGAAGCCAUCGAACCCCUCCGGUAGUCUGCAACGCAAGAUCGUGCUUCAGCAAUCAGGGGACCAGCUGCAACGGUCCCCGGCCAAAUACCAAUCUGUUAUGCUGGAUCGGAACACCUACAGAAGCGGCAUUUCAGUGGUGUUGCCAGAUCGCAAACGGUACCCUCCGUACGGCGAGGUAAAACCUCCUCCAGAAGAGAGUCCGCGCAGUCGACUGAUGGCAGACCAAGUUCGUGAACUGAAAAACCGCGAAAAAGAGCUUCAGCGUUCUCACGAGUAUUCUGUCCGGAACGAGAAUUUUCCAGAACGUCAUGAAUUAGUCAUUACUUCUCCAAAAGCGAGCGAACGUCGAACUACUGGCAGCUAUAAUCAGCCGGACGGCGGCCGACUAGCAAAUGACGAAGCCGCCCGGUUGCCAUACCAAAACGAGGACAGAUAUUUUAAUGCUGCCUUUGGUGCCCAGUCGGCAGGAAGUGGCAACGUCCAUGAGGCUUAUAAAGAGUUCAAAGAAGCCGUCAUUGCCUCGGCCAUAAACGUGCUUGGACUCAGAGGUCCGUACACAUUCACCCACAAAACUAGUGAUCCAAUAAACCUUGAAACAGAUCGAGAUGAUGAAGGCCUCUGGGUGGAUGAAAUUCCUCCGGGGUUAAUUAAGCCGGAUUUCCGAAAAGAAUCGAAGAAAUAUUGCGACCCUGAUCCUGCGCUUGCCACCAAACAGGUUUCACAGGGUCGUUCAACGUCCUCCACGUUGCUGAAAGCUCCCGAUGACUUGAUUACUCACACUCCUGUUAUGGCCGUUGAAAAUCUGCCAGUUAUCGAGCGCAUUGAGCAGGAGAUCCAAAAUCUUAUGGAUCGAGAGGAAGAGCUGAAGUAA